AUGUGUUUAAUUCUUUUGAUAUUUCUAAUUUCUCGAUGCUUAGCAACGAGUGAUGUAUGGAAAGCGUUGGAUGAAUCGCAUUGUACAGGAAGACUUUACAUAGUCACGUCCAAUGAAAAGACGCACAUAUUGAAAUCACCAAAUUAUCCGCUACAGUAUCCCGACAAUUUCACUUGUCAUUAUUUGAUCGGGCACAGAGAUGGCUGGUGGACUUCUCUAGAGUUUGAUGCUUUUGAAAGUGAUCCAGACGAUUAUAUGCAAAUCACGGAACGUAUCGAAUUCAAUAACACAAAAUACGAUAUUCCCCGGGCAUUUCUCCGAGGUUCACAAACUCAAUCGACUCCUUUUAUUUCGGGUGACACUGGGAGCGAUUUUUUGCUCACAUUCAGAAGUGGAAGUGGAGGAAAAAGUGCAAAACGAGGAUAUGGAUUUCACUUGACUGUGAAAAGAACAGAGGACACAGAAGCAACGCCAGCUCGUUGUCGAACGCCAAUCAAUUUCGUAGACCCGGAUGGACAACGAUUAGAAACUGAUAAACCGGGAAACGAAUUCGAUCCAGGUUGCACAAAACUUCUGCUUGCUCCCGAAGGAAAAACGAUUCAUUUCAACGCGCUGAAUGCUUCAUCUAAUGCAAUUUAUUAUGUGGCUGAUUUUGAUGAAGUUUGGAAUGAAAAACGGAUGUCAACAUGUAAAGAAGAACUUGCCAAAGGAACAGAUCCAAACUCACUUCUGACUCACUAUUACGAAUCUUUCACCAAUAAAUUGAUUGUCAUGAUUUGCCCGACUUUCACAACUGAGCAAGCUUUCGCAUUCGAUGUGAUUACACAGGAGAAAAGAUGCAUUUGCACAAGAUCGAGCUAUGUUUUCAAUGAAAUUUAUCCAAAGCAUUUCUAUUCUUCUCCAAAUUUCGGUCAUGGAAUCUGUGAGAAUUUCAUGUGUGCUAUCAAUGUUGUGAAUGAGAUGAAAGACAAUCAGACACACUUUUGGAGUGUUUAUUUGGAGAUAAAGAAAAGACACCAACUCCCAGAAUUGCCCACAUUUGCCUUGCUUUUAUCGGGAUUUGAUGCUGAUGAAAACGAGUUAUUCAGCUUGAACUCCACAGCUCCUCUAUCUCACAAAUUUGGAAUUGCCGCAAAAAAUUUCACAAUCAUUUCAAAAGAGGGCGGUGUUCAACUCCAUCUUCGGCUCUAUGCUUCAUCGAUAGACUGCAGUUGUUUCAAUGGUGGCAAACAGAUGCUAGAGCUCGAGAUCAAAGAACCAACAAUGAGUAGAGGAGUCGAUUUCUGGAUUCCCAAAGAUUGUCCUCCGCAAGAUUGCUGGGUGAGAGUGAAAAAUCGACCAGGAAUGAUCUUAUCGGUUGUACCAUUAGCAAAUGUUGCACUGAAUCACAAUGAGCGCUUUGAAUUGCUUUUGGAUGGAAAACUCAAGAGAGCUAUCUACAGCGAGCACGAGUACGGUUUGGCUACCUUUUUCACUGAUGAGUAUGGCAGUGAAAUGAAUACCACCAAUUACAUCUACUUUCAUUUGAGUACCCGUAAUCGAACAGAGGGAAACUUUUCGGAAACGAAUAUUACGAUGAGACUUGAAUGGUCGAGAGACUGUAAGUGUCAAGAAGAGACGAUUAAUCUGGUCGAUGAUCAACCAAGAAUCAUCACUUCACCACGGUAUCCAGAGAACUACUGUGAUAGCCUCCAUUGUAUCUACCAUUUCAAUGCCGAAGAGGGAAUUGGCAUCAAAUUCAAGGUUCUUGACUAUGAUUUGGCCCCAGAUGGUGAUGAAUUGUAUUACUUUGAGAAAAGCGCACAAACACAUCAUCCACAACUUGAAAAUGGUAGCUCAAAGACGAUCACUGGGAAUUAUGUGGCUAUUGUCUUUGUAAGCGAUAGCUCCGAUACGGCUCGUGGCUUCAAGAUCCAAGCGGAAACAUAUCUCAUCCCGAAAGAAUCAUCCGGCUUCAGCUAU